UAAACAUGAUCUUUAUUUAAAGUCACCUUUUUUUAUGCAUUUCACAUAAAUCAAAUUUUAUUGGUCACAUACACAUAUUUAGCAGAUGUUUUUGCGGGAGUAGCGAAAUUAAAGGUUUGUUUCAAUGACUGCCCUUGACUCUGACCUUUGAACAGCACGAUGAAUGAGCAAAGCUCAGUGUUAUUUAAUCAUAGGGACAUAAACAGCCGAAGAUGUAGUAAUUUAAACUUUGAAAUUAUUGAAGGAUCAUGUCAAUUGACCAACGGGCGUGGUCUUAUCUUUUAUCGAAAUAUAAUUGUUGCUAUGAAAUGACCUAUUUCCGAAAUUAGCCUAUAAUUUCAAUAGGUUUGAUAUCGCAACUAUAGAUAUAGGGAAACUUUAGCCUAAUAUUGUAGCGAUUUACCGCAAAUGUUAUACUUCAUUACUUCGUUUCUUCCGAGUUUACCUGGAUGGCUGACGCUGGACGCAAACCCUCUGGACAGUUUACUCCAAGGACUUGUCUGCGCAUGUGGGAUCUCUGUCCUCUGUAACCUGAUGAGAGUACACUUAUUCUUAAAGACUGAAAGUUCAAACAAUGAAGGCAGCAGUAAAGAGACAUCUAUGCAGAAGACACCAAGGCAUCAAACCAGUACUAAAAUUGGGCUAAGUGGAGCUCUCCAGUUCUUGUUCCUGUCGGUGAUCCUGGCUGUAGUGGGCUCUCGGGUUGCCUCCCUGGUGGUUCUAGAGUUCUCCCUCAGAGCAGUGUCAGCUUGGGUCACAGCUGGACCAGAGUCCAGUAGGUUCCUACAGCAGCUGCUGGUCCAAUGUCAGUUCUCCUUGGGCUGUGCUCUCAGCUGCAGUCUCCAUUUCCUCCACGAGGGUGCGCCACAGCGCUGGCUCUGCCUGCUCAUCACUGCAGGACUGAGCUGGUUCCUGGCCAGCCAGACUGGGCACCUACGGCUCCAUGUCAUGGCACUGUACAGACUACACAGUUCCCAGCGCUACUGUGGAGUGUGCAUGACACUGCUAACAUCAGGUUGCUCUCUGUUACCGUGCCUGACCAGGGCCCUUAUGCUCACCUUUGCAGUGGCUGCCAUUGCCGCCCUAUCUACAAUCAAUAAACACUUCCUCUCAGCUACAGAGGCCCUCAGGUUCUGGACUCCACUGACAAUCUGCUACACACUACUGGUGGUGUAUAUGCAGGAGGAGCAACAUCGCCAGCCAAGUGGCCAGGCUGUUAUAAACACAGUGGUGGUGCGUCUGGGAGGGCUCAUGGUCCUGAUGCUGAUUGUCGGCCGCUGGGCAGAUGUGCUCCACAUCCUUCUGUGCUUCCUGGGUGAGGCUGGCUGUCUGAUACCCUCCAGAGACCUGUUGGAUGCUACAACACAGGAUAUGGAGGAAGUUCCCAUACAUUCCCAGGGGAGUGAGAACCAGGGGAGAUGCCUGACUCCUGGAAAAGACCACCAGAGUUAGGCUAAUCGACAUGGGAAGAAACUAUUUGUGCUGGGACUCUUUCUUAGAGCAUCAGUCUUAGAUUAUAUUUUGUAUUAUUAUUGAUUAUUGACAACAGUGUUUACUUUUAUACCAUGGGAGUAUUUAAUGAAAAAUGUAUUAUGACACAUCACCUAACCUUUUUAAUAAGGUACCUUGCAAUAAUGUUAUUUUCAAUCCAUGCAGAGCUCUUGGGAGAUAUGGAUGAUGCUCUUGCCAUAAGAAAAGCACACUCAAUUGUGGCAGUGACUGCUACUCUUUCACACAAUUCCUUGGCCACAACAAGUCUCUUUGUUCUCAAAUGUCACUGCCAUUAAAUUGAGCCUAAAUAUGUUCAUUUUGGACCUUAGCAGCCCUGAACUAAUGUAACAAAUGCUGCUAUAGUGUACAACAUUGGUUACACAUUUUAUUACAGGCUACAUCAUCUGAUGUAACAGUAUCAGCUGCUGUAACGGUAUCAAUUGACACCAAAGAUGUGAUCAUAAUCUCCUGAACACAGGAUGUUGAUGGCGUGCAAAUUCUUCCACUUUCUUUGGUUAGAUUGUAUUUCAUCACAGGCAGGCUCAUGUCAUAUGGUAUAUUGAUGUGAACCAUGUCCGACUCAUCUUGAAAAGAAAUUUACACAAAAUGGCUGAAGCAUAAUAAUGUUGGCACUUGUAAAUCAGACAAAAUGGCGUUAUUCAAACUGGGUUUGCAGGCUAUUUUCAGAAAAGACGAACAAACCAAUCAUAACUCGCUACAUUGAAAAUGUCAAAUCGUUUGAAUUCUGCCUCUCUUUUAAUUGAGUGUCGACAUACACUAAAGUAUGUGUGUGUUAAUAAAUUGACAAUAAUUAGAUCGAAUAUAAACAUUAAAAUGUAAAUUAAACCUCCCACGAAAAGCC